GAUACGAACUCAUGCCCUCAUGCACCUGGGAAAUGUUUUCUCCCUGGUGGGAUGGACAAUGAGAAUUGCAAAACUAAUGAGAAGGAAAUGGAAUGGAUCCGCCCCGAUACCCCUAGCAAAUGCACGUGGAAGCUUGGGAAGCCCCCUUCUGCCUCCCCUCAUCGUCAUGCCACUCUGCCAGAACCUCUGAAAAUCCUGCCAAGCAUCCUGAAUAAAGUUGGCAAUACACCCUUGGUGCGGAUCAACAAGAUCGGGAAGCAGUAUGGGCUCAAGUGUGAACUCUUGGCAAAAUGCGAAUUCUUCAAUGCUGGGGGCAGUGUAAAGGACCGCAUCAGCCUGAGGAUGGUAGAGGAUGCCGAGAAGGCUGGGAUCUUGAAACCUGGGGACACAAUCAUAGAACCAACCUCUGGAAACACAGGAAUUGGGCUGGCCUUGGCUGCAGCAGUGAAGGGUUACCGCUGUAUAAUUGUGAUGCCAGAGAAAAUGAGCAUGGAAAAGGUGGAUGUCCUGCGGGCUCUGGGUGCUGAGAUUGUGAGGACCCCAACUACUGCCAGAUUCGAUUCUCCUGAAUCUCACGUGGGAGUAGCAUGGAGACUGAAAAACGAAAUCCCUAACGCACACAUACUAGAUCAGUAUCGUAAUGCCAGCAACCCCCUGACGCACUAUGACACUACAGCUGAAGAGAUCCUGCAGCAGUGUGAGGGAAAAAUAGACAUGCUGGUGGCUACAGCUGGCACAGGAGGUACUAUCACUGGCAUCUCCAGAAAGCUAAAAGAGAAGUGUCCAGGUUGCAAAAUUAUAGGUGUUGAUCCUGAAGGCUCCAUCCUUGCUGCACCAGAAGAACUGAACAAGACUGACAAGACAAUGUAUGAAGUGGAAGGAAUCGGAUAUGAUUUUGUCCCCACAGUGUUGGAUAGAUCUGUAAUGGACCAGUGGUACAAGAGCAAUGAUGAGGAGUCGUUUGCUAUAGCACGCAUGCUGAUCCGAGAGGAAGGGCUGCUGUGUGGUGGCAGCUCAGGCAGUGCCAUGUCUGUAGCUCUGAAGGCAGCCAAAGAGCUGAAGGAAGGUCAGCGUUGUGUUGUUAUCCUGCCUGACUCCAUCAGGAACUACAUGUCCAAGUUCUUGAGUGACAAAUGGAUGAUUCAGAAGGGGUUCAUGAAGGAAGAAGAUCUUGGCAAAAAACCUUGGUGGUGGAACAUCAGUGUUCAGGAGCUCAGUCUCUCGGCUCCUCUGACUGUGCUUCCAACUGUUACCUGCGCAAAGACUGUUGAAAUUCUCCGGGAGAAGGGAUUCGACCAGGUACCAGUUGUUGAUGAAUCUGGGGUAAUUUUGGGCAUGGUGACCCUGGGUAACAUGCUUUCUUCACUGCUUGCUGGAAAAGUUCAGCCUUCUGAUGAAGUCAGCAAAGUAAUCUACAAGCAAUUUAAACAGAUUAACCUGAAAGACAACUUGGGGAAACUCUCUCUUAUCCUGGAAAUAGAUCACUUUGCUCUAGUGGUUCAUGAGCAAAUUCAAUGUGAGUAUGAUGUCACUUGUACGAG